AUGGCUUCUCUAACUCCUCACGAGGACGAGAGUCGUGCCAGGACUCCUGAAGAGGACGAAUGCGGGUUUUACUCAAAGAAACGAUAUGCCUAUAUCCUCGAUCUCUUCCGCGAAGGUCAAGAUCGAGACCUAGCCCUCAAGGCACCCAAAACCCCGUUUUCUACUUCGACCUAUGACCUCCGUCGAAGAGUGUUUACCUAUGCCCACUUUGCAGGUAGUUGCGAUGACAAGAGCUCGUCUGAGGAAGAAUAUGACCCUGCCACCGAAAAUCGCCGCAGACCAACAAAAAAUACCGGUCGCCCUAGCGGAAGUCAGCGCAGUCCACGUGUCAGAACUCAUGAUGAAGCCGGAAUCGCUGGCGAUGCCGGUGGUCUUUCGAAGCGGCAGAAGAUAGUCCCACUGAAGUUCCGUGCUGAGAGCUCCAAGGAAUUUCUAAGAAACUUACGAUCUCAACAGAUUCCCUCAGGCAGAUCUAAAAAUUCGUGCCAGAUUGACGACAUUGGUCAUCUUGUCACCCCCCAGGCGCCACAUGAUCAACUUACUGGACUUCGGGUUGAACCGCAAGACUCGUAUCUUUGGAAGCUCGAUGAAGAAUCUGCUGGAAUUGACAAUGCCAACGGCAGAGCACUACGCAGCAGAACGAUUCCAGAUCAAGAGAUCGAGCACGAGAAGGGAGCAAAUUGUGCUAGCUGCAUUGCUGCAAAGAAAAAGUGUACCCUGAAGACCGGCCAUCCCUGUGCACGCUUCCAAAACCAGAAUGUGGAGUGUGUCAAGUGGACAGGCAAUUUGGGUGUCGAGCCUAGCCCGACCAUUGAGGCUGAAUUUACAGCACCGCGGAUGGUCGAGGCCGCUAGCCUGAGCAGUCAGACUUCAACUAGCAUACCGAUAGUGGCAGACGACACUAUGCAAAUCGAUACCGAACUACUUAUUCCACCCCGACGAUCAUCAGUCCUAGAUUCGCCGCAGGCUGAACCAUCAGCACCACUGAACAUCGAGAGCUCUUCAGGUGCCUCGCGCCUCCCAACAGGCACGUCGGUCAAUCCUGUCGUACUCGAUUCACCACCAGAUUCGCCGAUUCUGUCAGCAAGCAGGGACUCAGUGAGAGAUCUCGUUACAUACUGGGCUCACCCUAUGAACUUCAAGCAUGCCAAGAGCGCUGGACCAUGCGAUUUCUGCAAUGAUUUCAGAUUUGGAAUAUUUGGCCAUGGUCGCAUCACGGCUGAGGUCGUUCAAUAUCCAGGGUCUACUGAACUCGAAGAGACAGGCAACGGUCACCGUUCCAAUGGCAAGGAUGCCACUCGCAUGUGCGUCAUCUGUGCUUUACAACGCAUCCACAUCUCAAGAUGCACAGUUCACGACUUCAGAACCCUCAGAAUACAGCCAGAUGCGCACCCACCUACACUUUACUUGCAGCAGCUACACGCAGAAGUGCGAGAUCCACCAAUUGCAAAUACUGCCUAUUUGACCUGCAAAUUAUGCCCUGGGCUCGCAGUCUGGCGCUGUUGUGUCGACAAGGAGUAUGAUUUGGUAGGCAAGCCGCUUGUUGACGGUCAGGGUCGAGGCAAAGGCUGUGGACUUAGACUAUGCAACGCAUGUAAAGUUCUAGUUCAAGGUUUCGGUGGUGUUUUAGAGAAAGAAAGGAUCAUGACUGCUUACGGCCAGGGAGUUCGAGCUGAUGUUGAAUUCUUGUUCAAAGAUAGUCUUCUCCACCAAGCAUAUUUUCCUCCGAGAAACUGACUGCCUGACUUCAAAAGCCAGACCAAGCGGCCUUGGUAUAUUGCGUGGAGUGAACAAAAGAUAUUUUGGCUUAGAUGAUCGCUUGGAUUGAAUGAACGAUACUUUGGCUUGGAAUGAAGAUCGACUUAGUUUGAAGAGAGCUCACGUGGAUCAGG